AUGGGGAAGUCAGAAGUAUAUCUCACCUCUUUCGACGUCUCCCCGGUGGAGUAUUUCGACCUGAUGCUCGACACCGUCGUACAACAAGAGAUACACACCUCGAAGGACGGCCUGAACAUGUCCGUCUGGCGCGCGUCGGACGGACCACUCCUAGGCGUCCCAAAUGGCACAUCUCGAGUCGUUUUCAGCGAACCUGAUUUGAAAGUGCCAAAGUUUUUGAAGAAGUGGGUGCAGAAAGCGCAGAGUUACAACGAGUAUUCGGAUUUUUAUCCUCCCAAGUUGGGGGGCGACGGUGAUGACGGUGAAGAUGGUGGAAAAGGAGCGAAUCGAGCGAGAACAACGAGCAAGCGCGAAUGUGUGGUCGUCCCACACGUCGGUGCAAACCGGAUGACGAUGACGUUUACGGAGUACUACACGGAGCACGAGGAAUCGACCGCGCGAAAUCCGAAAUGUUUAGUUCGCUCGGAAGUUUUCGUGGAAGUGAGAGCGCCACUCAUCGGCAGCAAGAUGGAACAGUGGAUACUGAACACGAGUCGAGAAAAAGUGGAAGAACGCGACGCGUUCGUGAGACGGAUGUUAGAGAAGAGUAAAGAGAAGAGAGGGAAGAGUAAGGGUUUGGAGAAGAGAGGGAAGAAUGAAAAGUGGCGGAGAAAGUUUUAUAGCAGUCAAUGGUUUGAGGAAGAUUCGGCGUUGGAGGAAUCCGAAUCCGCGUCGGUAGAGGAGUCGCGGAUAACGAGCGGGAGUAAUGAUAAUAGUGAAGUAAAACUGGAGAGUUUAGAAUCGUUUCCGAUAAAACCGAGGACGAAAGGAUUGCGACGGGUGUUUUCGGCGCGCGAUUUAGCAUUUUAG